AGUCGCUACGACUUGAGGCUGUCCCUGUAAAUGAUUCACAUUGUGGUCUUCGAACUACUAGUACAUCUACAGCUGCACAGUCCACCCGGGGCGCACUAAAUGAAGUGAGGGGCGGUUCAGAGAGCAGAGUCUUUGCGUGGUGGACGUCGUCACUCCUAUUAAUUGAUUGCUGGUGGAAGUGGUGCUAACACUAUCACUACAGAAAAGAUGACCUCCUCACUCGCAAGGCGCGAUACAGCACGGCGGUGCUUUAUGUCAAGUUUUGCGUCCGUCGUGAACACUCGACGUGCCAAGUGGCAGACCAGCAGCGUUCUUCUUGCGUGCUUGCUUGCUGGUUCAUCUGGCGCGUACUGCCUGAUGGCAUCCAGCCUGGAAUCCGGUUCGCUCCCAAAAACAAGCCAUGUGGUCCCGUCGGCGAAUCCCAGUGCAACCGGAAUUAACAUGCAGGACCAGCAGGAGCAGCAAGAAGCGCACCGAAAUAUUAAACCCACUGGUGCAGCCACUGCGUCAACGUCGACUGCAUCGCCCGCCCAACCUCAAGCUGGAUCUUCGUCCACCGGCGCUCAAGGUGCAGUACAACAAGACCCUGAUCCAAACGAGCACGAACUUGUGACGCUUUUGCGCACGGCACUGAAACACGAGAGACGAGAACAAGCUGCAGAGAAGAGGAAGCACGUCGAAGCUGCACAGAAGGAGAGUCAGAGUAAAAGUAAUGAAGAUGAACAAACGAUGAAUUCACAACAAGAGGAAGAGGAAGUCGAAAUAGAACGCAAGCGCACAGAGAAACACGCUUUCCACCUGGUCAACACUUUCGUCAAGAACGCCGUUUUCAAAGCAAAUCAGAUUUCGAAGAACUUUGAAGACGCAACGAAGAAGCUGGAUAUGGAUCUGUCAGGAUUGAACUCGUCAAAGUUGAGGUGAUUUGUCAUGCAUAAAAUGCAAGGCAUGAGCUGCUUGCUUUGCCGAGAUGGCAACUGAGGCAGACUGUGAGCCUAUUUAGGGUUUGGGAUAGAGCUGCUAAAGCUGCAUGACAAAAGCAGUCUUCUGUGCCCUAACAGCUUGACAAAUUGGAUUCCGGUGCUCCGAAAAUUUGUCAUGCGCCGCUUGGAAAUUGGUCUUCCAACUGGUAUCAACUUUCUGCAUGACAAAUCAUUUCAACUUGGUCGAUUUCAAAUCUGACGCUUCCAUACUGGAACACUCCGCCGUAAUUCAGAUGGACGUCGCAACGACGUACGAUUUAUGCAUUGUAAAAGUAUCGUACUAGUAGUAAUCGCAUAUACAAAUUGGCUCAGCAUGACAAAUGGAAUUUGUCAUGCUAUUUUGCCUUGGGAUGGAGAUUUGUAAUGCAUAACUGCGAUUACUACGAGUGCGAUACUUUUGCACAGGAUACGACUCAGACGAAUUUGGAGAAAUCGAAGUCACGAUGCGGCGGGUGGUGAAAAAUCAACUGCAGAACGCGGAAAAAUGGCGAGAAGUCGGGAAACUAGAGCUGCACAAAAUGGCCAAGUUGUGGCAUUUAGCGCCUGCGGCCGGAGCAGGAAGACCAGGAUCACCAGGUAGCGGAACGGCUGCAGAAUCCCCUUCGCGCGGCAGUACAGAAGCAGUAGACCCAAGGACUAGAAGGGAUCAACAUGAGCAGAGAAAAGCCACUGAGGAUCUUGAAGCAACUACAGCGAAAGAGCAAGAAAAACCUGCCAAAGGGAAAGGGUCGACCUCCUUUGGACUUUUUAAGUCCGGUUUCGGGUCGUCCUCUUCAACAGGUGGGCUGUUCCGGCGAGGAACUACUGCCUCAUCAACUAGCUCUACUGGUGCUGCAUCUUCCAAAAACCCCGCCGCUGGUACUCCUGCACAACAAGCACAAGAACCGGCCACGAUUCCAGAAGAAGGCGUCGCCCCCGAGGAACAGGAGCCACGCUCUUUCAAGCCGUCCGCGACGCUAGAAGACCUGGAGCGGCAAUUGCCGUCAGAAGAGUUUGGCGUUCUCAUCCCGGAGGAGAAGAAACCGGAAAACUGGGACGAUUUCGUUCUCUACAUGUACGAAAAAACGCCCCAGGUGAAGACGUUGCUUCUAGCCCACUCCAGAACUUUAGCGACGGAUUUCAGGAAAAUUUCCCUGCGACUGGACCGAGCAAUGAAGACGAUGCAGCUAUGGCGUUCUCAACUGUUACAUUCUCAACUGUUUUGCAUGAAUUUGUCGUGCAAAAUUGCAAUACAUAUCUACAGGAUCAAGCUGCUUCGCAUGACAGGUUCUCGACGCACUAGAUAGCAUGAUAUAUAAUCUGCGCCAAACUUGUAAUGCAAAAGGCGCAGUCUCCCGCCUUGCACUUUUGCUAUUCUUGCAUCACAAAUUCGUCUAACAGUUGAGGGUGUAACGUUUGCGAACUCCAUAGCAGUUGGCGAAACUCGUGUCGAAGUGGCGGAUGCGGGAUUUUUUAGCCGUCGCGAGGUAUCCUUUGCAAAAGUGUCGUACUCGUAUUGCAAUCAUGCAUUACAAAUCUUUUUCUUAAGGUAAAUUCGCAUUACAAAUUAUAUUUCUCAUGAUGCUGAGGAAAUUUGUAAUGCAUUUAUACGAGUACGAUACUUUUGUACUUAAUACGAGGGACGAAGAACGAGAGAUGGGACGAGCUGCUGGUGGAGGAAGUAGUGGAAAGCAAGAAGGUCAAGAAAGACAAGCCGCCUUCGGCGACCUGGACGAGAUUGAUGUGGAGGCCUGUAUGGACUUGGUGUCGGAGCAACAUGGAACAAAUGGAAAUACAACCACCAGCAUGCACCGCAAGAACGGCACAUCAGAUAGAACCAGAAGAAUAAACGCGUCGCGCAUGUUUGAUCUCGGAUUUCUUGCAAACAACAACGGGACUACAGCAACUGCGUCAAACAUGACAGGCCGCGGCAACCGCACGCGCACCGUACCUGAAAACUCGCAAUCCGAGGUUCGCGUCGGCCCCUGUGUGCAGUUGCAGAAGUAUUAUAGUUCCGGUGGUGAUGUCGUGCCCCCACCACACCGUGGUUCUACACCAGCGGGGUUUUUGCAACUGCAAGGCAGAGAGCCAGUUGUGAUCGAAACAGACUCGGAUAGCAUCGUCGAACCGAAGUCCUGUUUCAGUUGCAGUCCGAUGAGGAGAACAUUUAAGAAGCUGAGGAAAGGUUGCAGUAGCAUAGGGCCGCUGCGCUGCUUAUUCCAAAAAGCGAGGGAAGAGGAAAACGAGGCGGAGGAAAGGGAAAAACAGAAAGAGAAAGAAAGAAAAAAAGCCGCAAAAGGAAAAGGAAAACAGAAAGCAACAUCGGCAAAGAACAUCGCGGCGGAUGCGAUUGCAAAGAAACACGCGGGGAAACGUGGAAGUAUCAGUGACCAGUGCCCAGUCUCAAAUGUGGACACGAUUGAAGACAUCGCCGCUCGGAUUCACGCACUGAGUAACGAGAUGAACGAGGUUGCAGAAGAUGUGGACGAUAUGAACAACAACGACCACCACAGCAGCUUCCACCAAGAAUUGGGCCCUAAUGCAGCGGCGUAUGUGAAAGCGAAGACUCGGAGAAAGAACAUGCAGGAGCAGCGUAGUAAUCCUCUUCAUGAAGACGGUUCAGGACGAGCAGAUCUGAACCCCCUGCCGCAGAAAAUCCAGCAGGAGCUGUUCCAUCACGAAUUCCGGAAGGAGACGGAACAACUGAAAAAGAUUAUGAACUGCAAAAGUAACGUACUAGUAUUAAUAGCAUCACAAAUUCCCUCAGCAUGAGAAAUGGAAUUUGUAAUGCUGUUUUACCUUUCAGAAAAACAUAAAUGCGUCGAUUACUACGAGUACGAUACUUGUGCACUUCAUAAAGAUGUUCAUCCAGCAAAAUGACUUGAUCAAAUCCGAACAGACUCUUCUCUUCGGGAAAAUGUUUGAAGAUUUGAACAAAAAGCAAAUGGAGCAGAUGGCAACAUUGUUGGACGAGAAGUUGCAUUCUAUGGAGGAAAAACUCGAGCUGAAGAUGAACGACAAAUUUGCGAAAAUCGAAGCCCUAUCAAAUGCAAAAAUGUCUGGGUCUGGUGGAAGAUUGCGAGAUUUGUCAUGCUGAUCUGGCAUGGCCCUUAAAUCUGUAUUGCGUGGUCACAAACAGCCUCUCUCGCCUGUCAUGCAAAACGCAGUUUCUCAUGCGGAAUUUUGCAGCACAGAAGCACGAAGCAACUCGUCAUGCUUGGCGGCGCAUUACAGUGCAUUUGUUUUUGACUGACUUGCAUCACAAGUUUCCAGACCCAGACAUUUUUGCAUUUCAUAAGCCCAAAACAAGGAUAUCAUCGAGAGGCAGAAGAAACAUUUCACACAACUCCAGAAACGCUUGCAAGAUAUGAACAUCCGCAUCGAAAAAGUGGACGGGAAAGUGACGGUGAUAGACGAGAAGGUCGAUCACUUAGACUCGGAGUUGGAACAGGUAGACGAGAAGUAUCCACUAAAGAAAAAACCAUCCCCAUCCUUCCAUAACCAUAUUUGACAUGCAAAACAUACAACAAGUCCGCUAGUUGUCAUGCAAACAAGGGAUAGGAGUGGAUUUUUUUUCGUGGAUAAGAAUUUGGACCAGGUUGGGUCGAAAGUCGACGGGCUGGUGAUGAGUUUCGGAUGGAUCAAGCGGAUCGGCUGCGUAUUAGGGGCGACUCUGAUCGGGGCGCUGGUGGUGGUGGGAUUGUUGGCGGUGUUGUAGGAGAAUGAGUAGUUUCAACUGUAAAAAUGUCUGGGUCUGGAAAAAUCCAACUUGUCAUGCUGAUUUUGGAUUCUAAAAAAAUCUGUAUUGCAUGAGCAGCAAAGAGAGUCCAAGUUUUGCUACACGGAAAGAGCAUUUGUCAUGCAGUAUAGGCAUCAGGAGGCCCUCACAAAAUCUGUGAUGCUAGGGCAUGCAUCACAGACAUCAGGAGUCGCGCAAAAUGUGCAUGACAAACCUGGCAAUCUUCCAGACCCAGACAUUUUUACAUUUGAUAUAGUAGUCCUGGUCCUCCUCCCGACGUUCUUCAUCUUCCUGGAGUGUUUCAUCGUCAAGAGCUACAUUCUCGUGUUGAGCUAGUGUUUGAAAAUGAAUUCUGAUUCUGUUGUUUGUAAAAUGAAAAUCCUAGAUUUAUUCUGUUGUCGUGUCUGUUUCGCGAAGCUAGCAUGCACAACGAAACUUUCCGUAUAGCUGCUUGCUGGUACUACCCCACGACUACUUCGAAUGCAGGAGCAGCGUAGUAAUCCUCUUCAUGAAGACGGUUCAGGACGAGCAGAUCUGAACCCCCUGCCGCAGAAAAUCCAGCAGGAGCUAUUCCACCACGAAUUUCGGAAGGAGACGGAACAACUGAAAAAGAUGUUCAUCCAGCAGAAUGACUUGAUCAAAUCCGAGCAGACUCUUCUCUUCGGGAAAAUGUUUGAAGACCUGAACAAAAAGCAGAUGGAGCAGAUGGCAACUUUAUUGGAUGAGAAGUUGCAUUCUAUGGAGGAAAAAAUCGAGCUGAAGAUGAACGACAAAUUUGCGAAAAUUGAAUCCCAAAACAAGGACAUCAUCGAGAGGCAGAAGAAACAUUUCACACAACUCCAUAUGCAUUGCAAAAGUAUCGUAAGUAGUACUAGUAGGAAUUGCAUUUACAAAUUUUCUCAGGAAGAAAAAUGGAAUUUGUAACCCUGAUUCAGCUACUGUCUGAAGUGGAUUUGUCAUGCGAGGAGGCUGCAAGUGCUACGAGCGCGAUACUUUUACAGUGGAUACUCCAGAAACGCUUGCAAGAUAUGAACAUCCGAAUCGAGAAAGUGGACGGGAAAGUGACGGUAUGCACGACUGCAAAAGUAUCGUACUAUUGUAAAUUGCACUACAAAUUUGCCCAAGAAAAAAAAUGCAAUUUGUCAUGCUAUUUCAGGUAGAAAGUUGGAUUUGUCAUGCAUCUCUGCAAUGAGUACGAGUGCGAUACUUUUGCACAGGAUAGACGGUGAUAGACGAGAAGGUCGAUCACUUAGACUCGGAGUUGGAACAGGUAGACGAGAAGUAUCCACAAAGAAACACCUAUCCCCAUCCAUAUUUGACAUGCAAAACAUACAACAAGUCCGCUGGUUGUCAUGCAAACAAGGGAUAGGGGUGGAUUUUUUUUCGUGGAUAAGAAUUUGGACCAGGUGGGGUCGAAAGUCGACGGGCUGGUGAUGACUUUCGGAUGGAUAUCCUGUGUAAAAACGUCCCCACUCCAGAGUUGUCAUGCAAUUUUGUAUGCGAAUGAAAAAUGUUUCUCAUGCGGAGCCCUAUGAGAAGCAUUUUCGAUUCGCGAUUUGGAAUUUGUGAUGCUAGAAUCAGCAUGAUACGCUAGACCUGUGAUGCUGCUGAACUAGCAAAACAGGAUUACACAACGAGGACAAGCUUGUCAUGCGAAACAACCAAAGCUGGCUGAUUUGUCUAGCAGAUUUCCCAUCUUGACUCGUCUGGUGUGGGGACGUUUUCACUUGGGAUAAUGGAUCAAGCGGAUCGGCUGCGUUUUAGGGGCGACUCUGGUCGGGGCGCUCGUGGUAGUGGGACUGUUGGCCGUGUUGUAAAGAGAAUGAGUAGUUGUCCUCCCGUAUCAAAUGUAAAAAUGUAUGGGUCUUGAAACUUGUGAUGCUGGGGGGCGUCUCAUGAUGAGGCCACAAGUGCUGGCUCAGCAUGACAAGUUUCUGAGCUUCUAGGUGUUGCCUAUUCUGCAUGACAAACUGCGUUUCUGCAUCACAGAAAAAUGGAGCUCUUGGGUAAAAACGUGCAUGACAGAUUUAAGAGUCAUGCCAGACAAGCAUGACAAACAUGCACUCUUCCAGACCCAGACACUUUUACAUUUCAUAUCCCGACGUUCUUCAUCUUCCUGGAGUGUUUCAUCGUCAAGAGCUACAUUCUCAUUCUCGUGUUGAGCUGAUGUUUGAAAAUGAAUUCUGAUUCUGUUGUUUGUAAAAUGAAAAUCCUAGAUUUAUUCUGUUGUCGUGUCUGUUUCGCGAAGCUAGCAUGCACAACGAAACUUUCCGUAUAGCUGCUUGCUGGUACUACCCCACGACUACUUCGAAUUCAUGUAAAGUUUUGGUUUGCGCAAACGAACAAAAUCACUACCACUGAAGUCUGACGAAAUGAACCCAGUAAUGAUGGAAAUCACUAUCAAUCACUAUCGCUUGAUGAUCCGAAGUACGGGAAU